CUACAUAUGCAAUUACAAGUAGAUGAUUAGUACGUGAUCUCGUCACAAUUGUUAAUAUCACAAUCCUAUUUUUGUUAUUUUGGAUAUUUGUGCGAAAAUAAAAUAAAAGCCUAAUAAAGCCCAUUUUCUGACAGCCCACGAAGAUCAUUGGCCCAGCCCUUAUUCUGUUUCGAAACCUUCUCAUAUCUUUUAACAAGAACAUCGAAUUCUCAACAAGAAACGUCUCUUUCCCUUCUCCUGUUUCGAAACCUUCUCAUAAUCUUUUAAAGUUUUUCUGCCUUACAAUUCGCCGGAUUGGCCCUUGGCGAUCUGUACUUCUUUCCCAAAGGCCAAAGCUUUUGAAAUUGAACUCGCAGCUUGCCAGAAUUCGGAAGGAGCCGCAGUUGUUCGGCGCAGAGACGCGGUGCCUCGUCGAAUAUCCCGAUCUCUUUCUUGGCCGUGGAUUUCAUUUCGACCCGAUUCGGGCUCUUUCCUGCGGUGGUCGGCAGAGGGAUCCGAUUUCUACAUCUGUUUGGCAAAAGGCGCCGCUGAAUUGACACAAUGGUACGGUCUCAAUCGAAUUCUUCGGCGGCGGGGAGGGCAACCUUUUGGGGCUGGUUCUUCAUCUUACUCGGCUGCGUUUCUUUUCUGGGCUUUUUCUUCGCUGCCGUUGUAUCAAAGCUUCUUCCUUUAUCCGAAAAUCCAAUCAUCUCAGCCGUUCAGCAGGAUAGGUAUUACUGCUUCCUUGUGCCAUUGACGCUGCCCAUCCUUAUCGUUGCCGUAUACUUCCACUGGCUAAGUAUGAAGCUUUUCAAGCAUGCUUGAUGUUUUGGCUACAUCCAAGGACGACAUAUGACACCGAAGAACAUCCCAAUUGCCGAGAAAUUCAUAGCCUUCAACAAGGUAAUUUCUCGAAUUCCAUGAAUGGUGAGAUUCGAUUCAUUGGACAAGACAAAUGGCUGUUUGUGGUACAAAUAAGUUGAUCUAUUCCACAGACAAUCGUAGCAGAUUACCAGAGUUCUGUAGAAUUAGGGAACAUGUUGACAAUAUUAUGAGUGUCCAAGAUUUGACUGCACCAUUUAGUACUGAUAACCUGAAGUCAUUUCUGUGUUCAUACAUUGCAUUGCUUACUGCAAACAUAAUCAGAUAUAUAUCAAAAGUGAUGACAAGAGAGAAUUAGUGCUCUCUGCAUACACAAACCAACCAUACCAUCCAUUCCCAAGUUUAAUUUCCAACAUUAUUUGCAGAAAGCAUAUAUGUCAUAGCUAGUCUACCUGUAGCUAGCAUUCGAUCGGGAUCUGCAUUCCGUUUCAGCAAAAACUGUACUGCUCGUACCUAAUACAACAUAUACGGUUACUGACACGAUUCCCACUGGUUCUUCCACCAGCAGGUAUGAAUGUAUGAUGCCCCAAAAGGAAAGCUGUCUUUAGUUGCAGACUUGCAGUAGCAGGAUUCACUACUGAUCGCGGGAGGGACAUAUUGGAUCGAUCUGAGCUGCAGAAGAAGCUGUAAUAUAGCUGGCAGUAAUUAUAGUAAUCAUAUUGGCUAUGGUGAUUAUCAUUAGCAUGACAAACGUUGUUGGUUUCGGCUAUGAAUCAGUGGAAGAAUGGACUAAUACUGCUGCACAUACCAUAUAUAUACACACCUGCCAAGUUGAAGGACAUUGUUGGCCUUCUACUUGUCUAUGUAUUUGAGAUUCUACAAGUUCAGUAACGUUAAAUAUUUUCUUUAUUAUAAACAAAUACAAGGAAUUUUU